AGCUGGGCUGAUUGGAUGGGAGUGGGGUUCAUAAAAGGUGCCUCGUCUGCAGCAAGAACCCCAGAUGGGUCCCCACAGCCCUGUUAAUUUCCAGACCUGCAUCCACAGUCAGUGACAAUGCCAUUGUCCCAAGUUCUUCCCUUCUCUUCCACGGAGCUGCUCCUGGCUGCCACCAUCUUCUGCUUGGUACUCUGGGUGGUCAGAGCCUCUAGCUCUCGGGUCCCCAAAGGCCUGAAGAGCCCCCCAGGGCCCUGGGGGUGGCCUCUGAUUGGGCAUGUGCUGACCCUGGGCAAGAAUCCACACCUGACACUGGCCAGGCUGAGUGCACGCUAUGGGGAUGUGCUCCAGAUUCGCAUAGGUUCCACUCCUGUGGUGGUGCUGAGCAGCCUGGACAUCAUCCGCCAGGCCUUGGUGCGCCAGGGCGAUGACUUCAAGGGCCGGCCUGACCUCUACAGCUUCACCCUGAUCACUGAAGGCCAGAGCAUGGCAUUCAACCCAGAUUCGGGCCCCGUGUGGGCUGCCCGCAGGCGCCUGGCACUGGACGCCCUGAAGAGUUUCUCUUUGGCCUCAGACCCAGCUUCUGUGUCCUCCUGCUACUUAGAGGAGCAUGCAAGCAGGGAGGCCGAACGUCUUGUGACCAAGCUACUGGAUGUCAUGGCGGGGUCUGGGGGCUUUGAUCCCUUCAGCCAGAUGGUUAGCUCGGUGGCCAAUGUCAUUGGUGCCAUGUGCUUUGGGAAGAACUUCCCACAGACCAGCGAGAUGUUCAGUAUUUUGACAACCAGCAAUGACUUUGUGGAGUCCGCCUCCGCUGCCAACCCUGUGGACUUCUUCCCUAUCCUCCGCUACCUGCCCAACCCUGCACUGCAACGGUUCAAGAGCUUCAACGAGCGGUUCCUGCAGUUCCUGCAGAAGACAGUCCAGGAGCACUACCAGGACUUCGACAAGAACAGGGUCCAGGACAUUACAAGCGCCCUGCUCAAGCACAGUGAGGAGAGCCCCCAGGUGAAUGGCAACUGCAUCCCCCAGAAGAAGAUUGUCAACCUGGUCAAUGACAUCUUUGGAGCAGGCUUUGACACGGUCACCACCGCCCUCACCUGGAGCCUCACGUACCUUGUGACCAAGCCGGAGAUACAGAAGAAGAUCCAGAAGGAGCUGGAUACCGUGAUUGGCCGGCACCGGCGGCCCCAACUGGCAGACCGACCUCAGCUGCCCUAUAUGGAAGCCUUUAUCCUAGAGGUCUUCCGACACUCCUCCUUCGUGCCCUUCACCAUCCCGCACAGCACAACCAAGGCCACCACACUGAAUGGCUUCUACAUCCCCAAGGAGCGCUGCAUAUUCAUCAACCAGUGGCAGGUCAACCAUGACCCGAAGCAGUGGGAGGAACCCUUCGAGUUCCGCCCUGAGCGAUUCCUGGUGGCCAACAACACUGCCAUCAACAAGACCUUGAGCGACAAGAUGCUGCUGUUCGGCCUGGGCAAGCGCCGGUGCAUUGGAGAGACGCUGGGCAGAUGGGAGGUCUUCCUGUUCCUGGCCAUCCUGUUGCAGCAGCUGGAAUUCAGUGUGCCACCCGGCAUGAAGGUGGACAUGACCCCUACCUACGGGCUGACCAUGAAGCCACCCCGCUGCCCCCACUUCCAGGCACGGCUGCGCUCCUCCAAAUAAAGCUCCCCACCCUCACAGCCAAGGCAGGGAUGGGCACUCUCAGGGCCUGGA